UGUUAUUGUUAACAACAGAGAAAAUUCCCACCAGAUGAUGACCGUAUGGAACAGUCCUGAAAGCAGAAAUAUAAAGAUUACUGACAAAACAACAUUCAAAGAUGAACUGCUCUGGAAAAUGGAGGGGCUGGCUUGCUGUGACUGGUGGUGUUUUAGUACAUUUGACAUUGGGAACGAUUUAUAGCUAUGGUAACAUGGCGCCGUAUAUGACAUCCUACAUUCGCAAGUACAGCACUCCUGCAACUCUUUCAUAUCAGGAGUCAUCCUUUGUUUUUGCCUUGAUGCUGUUUGGCCAGGGUACCUCCAUGGUUCUCGGGGGCUACAUUGAAUCCAGACUAGGCCCUAGGAUCACAACGCUGAUUGGCUGCUUGCUGGUCAGCGCGGGCAUGAUGUUGUCUGCCCUAUCCAUCAAAGUGUCUUUCUUUCUGCUGCUGUUGACCUACGGCCUCAUCUUCGGCCUAGGAGUGGGCAUAGCCUAUGUGCCUCCGCUCGUCUGUGCAAUGAAGUGGCUGCCGGAGAAGAAAGGGCUUGUGAACGGUCUGGUGGUGGCUGGUUUUGGGGGCGGGGCAUUCAUCUUCAACCAAAUCCAGACCGGCUACCUCAAUCCCCACAACCUAUCCCCGAAUGUCACGGAUCCCCAAGACCAUACAGCCAAAUUUUAUGAUCAAGACUCUAUACUGGACAAAGUUCCAACGUCUUUUGUACUACAAGGAGGGAUCUACCUGGUGAUCCAGAUUGUAGGAGUACUACUGCUUAAAGACCCUCCAGUAAAUGGGGUCAACAAUUCUCUCUACAACGACGAGAGUGGUCUUCUGGAUGCCCAGACCGUGGCUAGGUCGACGACAAUCGAUGCCUCUGAACCCAACGGUCCAACCGAGGAAGGAAGCGAGGAGGAUCACACCAAACCGUUCCCUUUUGGAAUCCCCUUCCCCGUGGACAACGGCAAGGACACCAAAGCCUCGGGCCUGGACCUACCUCCCAAAGUGAUGGUGAGGACGACCGCCUUCUGGUUGCUAUGGGCAACCUUCCUCGUCAAUGGGCAAGGCAUCAUGUUCAUCUCGAGUCUCUACAAGGCAUAUGGUCAGAUGUUUAUCCAGGAUGACCACUUUCUUGCUCUGGUGGGAUCCUUUGCUGCUGUCUUCAAUGCCGGCGGCAGGCUGUUCUGGGGCUGGUUGGCCGACAGGUUCUCCUACAAGCUGGCGAUGAUUUUACUGACUGGAUCCAACGCCAUCUUCCUUCUCACCCUGGUUGCUGCCCAGUACGGAGGCAGGGCCAUGUUCUUUGUCUGGAUCUGCGGCAUCUUCUUCACCUUCUCCGGGAACUUUGCCCUCUUCCCGACAGCCACUGCUAGGGCUUUUGGAUCCAAGUACAUAGGACCCAACUACGGGAUCGUGUUCACUUCAGUGGCUCUCUCAUCUGCGCUUGGAGCCGUGCUAGUGUCAACCCUUCAUGAACAUCUAUCUUGGUUUGGAAUGUUUAUGCUCAUGGGUGGAUUCUCAAUCAUCGGUCUUGUCCUCACAUUCUUCUUCAGAGUGAAGAACCAACAAGGGCAGCAUAUCUGAGGAACCAAACGUCCAAAGAUUUUCUACGAACUACUCCCAAGAUAGGCUUUUUUUUGUUGUUGUUGCCAGUAUUCAUAGAGGUGGAUUAACGUCUUGUGUGUAGGAAAUGCUAACAAUUUCUGAUUCACAAACAGUGCGUGCUGUGGAAUAUUUUAUUCACGACUGACGCGGCACUGAAUUUUUGGAAAUUCACGAAUGUUCCCAUACCAAAAGCCUUGUAACCAUGGGAGACAUUUUAUUCCCAGUUUAUCAUAAGUUGGAAUUUUACUUGUGAAAGUUCAUUUCCAUGUGCGACAAUUGUCCAAACGCUUUUUGACAUGAGAAGAGGAAUUUGAAGAAAGAAAAAGGAAUUAAAAUGGAGGAAAUUGAUAGGAGACUGGCAUCGUUUACAUACAGCUAACAACUGAAUUAUUUAUACCAUUACCAAGUUUUCUUAUUCUUGAAGUAUGUGAACAAUUAAUCACUUCAGCUGGUUAAUUACAGCUCCACAUCUGAAUGAUGAUUUGAACCAGGGCCCUGUUUCACAAAACUUGUUAUCAAAAGCAAGUUACAAUAAUUGUUAUAAGCUACUGAAAUCUUGGCAUUUGAUUGGCUGAGAGCAGAUUUGUCAUAGAAAUUUAGCAUUUGUUAUUGAUAACAGGUUUUACAAAACAGAGCCCUGGCCUAAAGUUAGUAUGCCUUUGUGAAUACCAGUCUUUAUGUUUAUAGUCAGAGAUAUAUAUAACACAGAUAUGUAUGUAUAUUUAGGCAAAAUUCUAUGAGUACUUCAGAAAUGUAUUUAGUAUUGAUGCUUUGUAAAAGCGACGUGUAUCUUUUCUGCAAUGGGCUUUACAAAUUAGCUGCUGAUUAUUUGAUGUGCAAUAUCUAUGUUUGCAACUUGACA